UGAAGAGCACGCGGCGGCACGCGCGCGUUGCGUGAUCACUGCACGCCCAUUGGCCGUCGCGGCCGCGCCGCCCGCUCCCAUUGGCGACCCGUCCCGCGCGCGUCUCGCGCCCGCCGCAACCGUCCGUGCCUCGUACCUCGAAACACCGCGGAGCGGUUUAUUCGUCCGCCGCUCGUAGACCGAACCGCACGGCUCGCGGAACCGGAACGACUCGGCCGACGCACGCAAGUUUUGUGAAUUAAAAAAGAAAGUUUUAUAGCGUUGUAUGUUCUCAAUCUGAUCAGAAUGUCCACUCUACUCGAAGUUUGCGGACCCCUCUCGCCGCCGUCAACGCCUCCGUUGAUGGAGAACAAAGUGGAGUUGCCGUUGAAGAAGGCCGCGGUGAAGCGGGCGCGCGACUCGUCGCUGGCGCCGCCCAUGGUCCCGGUGGCGCUCGUGGCGCCGCUCACACCGCAGCCGAGCGACUCCGAGGGCGAGGAAGAGAUGUGCAAGCGAUCGCGCUGUGAGCUGGCGCGGCUGCUGCUCACCACGCCGCCGCCCGAGCCCUGCUGCCGGCCCUCGGUGAUCAUGCGCGCGCACAAGGACGGCACCUGCAGUCCAGAACCUUUACCACCGCCGCCCGCUGAUUCCAUGAACAUUCUCAAGACCCUCAAGUUUAAAAUGAACCGCGGCCACAGUUACUCACAAGCCAAGUACAUGGCGAACCAGUCGCUGGCACAAACGCAGCAGGUGGUAACACCUGUGCUGGCACCUGAACCCCCUAGUCCUCCUCCUAAAGUGGAAGAGGCUCGGGUGCCCUCACCGCACCCUGAGUGUCAACCAAAACCUGACGUCCGGGAAGAACAGAGGGUGCCUCAGUCGUGCUCCCCAGCGACGACGCCCGGCUGGGUGCCUCUGGCGCCGCGGCCUCCCUCGGCCGUCAUAGUCCCCGGUACGCUGCUCCCGACAACAGCGCUGUGGCUGGUGGCGCCGGCGCCCGCGGCGCGCCGUCGGCUCUACGAGUGCUCGUAUCCGGGCUGUGGCAAGAACUACUUCAAGUCAUCACACCUGAAGGCGCACGCGCGCACCCACACAGGCGAGCGUCCAUUCAAAUGCGCUUGGCCCGGCUGCGAGCGGCGAUUCUCGCGCUCGGACGAGCUGUCGCGACACAAGCGCACGCACACCGGCGAGAAGAAGUUCGGGUGCCGCGUGUGCAACAGACGAUUCAUGCGCUCCGACCACCUCGCCAAGCACGUGAAACGCCACGCGAAGGAGCGCAGCGCGCCGCCGCCGGUGCUGCGGCUGCUGCCCUCGCCGCUGCCGCUGCCGCACCAGGCCGCGCACGUCGCGCAGCUCACCCAGGCCGCUCAGCCGGCGCACUAACUGUGAUCCUGAUCUCAGAUCGUUUAGAUGUAAACUCACUCAUUGUUAAGACUGUCCUAUCAAACUACUUAAGUAGUAUAGUUUUAAGACUUAUGUUAUCGUAAUGUUAAGCUUCCACAAAAUAAAUUUGUUUUUUACAA